AGAUUAAGUUGUUUGUUGAGCUUGCUGUCUGCGCUUGCGCUGUAGCUCCGAUCUUUGUUAUUCCAUGUCACUAUGGCGCUUAGCAAGACGUUUGGGCAAAAACCGGUAAAAUUUCAGCUCGAGGAGGAUGGAGAGUUUUACAUGAUCGGUUCAGAGGUGGGGAACUACCUGCGCAUGUUCAGAGGCUCCCUCUAUAAACGAUAUCCGUCGCUAUGGAGAAAACUGGCAACAGUGGAGGAACGGAAGAAAAUCGUGGAGUCAUCACACGAUCACGGCUACACUCAGUUGGCCACCAGUGUUACGCUUCUGAAGGCCUCGGAGGUGGAGGAGAUCCUUGAAGGGAACGAUGAGAAGUAUAAAGCUGUGUCUAUCAGCACAGAGCCCCCGGCCUACCUCAGGGAACAGAAGGCAAAGAGGAACAGUCAGUGGGUUCCCACGCUGCCCAAUAGUUCUCACCACCUGGACGCCGUUCCCUGCUCCACCACCAUCAACCGCAGCCGACUGGGCCGGGACAAGAAGAGGACCUUCCCCCUGUGUUUUGAUGACCACGACCCUGCGGUGAUCCAUGAAAACGCCACUCAGCCUGAGGUUCUUGUCCCAAUCCGUCUGGACAUGGAGAUCGAGGGUCAGAAGCUCAGAGAUGCUUUCACUUGGAAUAUGAACGAGAAGCUCAUGACGCCUGAGAUGUUUGCUGAGAUCCUGUGUGAUGACCUGGAUCUGAACCCGCUGGCUUUCGUCCCCGCCAUCGCCUCAGCCAUCAGACAGCAGAUCGAGUCUUACCCCACAGACAGCCUCCUGGAGGACCAGACGGACCAGAGGGUGAUCAUCAAGCUGAACAUCCAUGUGGGCAACAUCUCUCUGGUGGACCAGUUUGAGUGGGACAUGUCAGAGAGGGAAAACUCUCCAGAGAAGUUUGCCCUGAAGCUCUGCUCUGAGCUCGGCCUGGGCGGAGAGUUCGUCACCACCAUCGCCUACAGCAUCCGAGGUCAGCUGAGCUGGCACCAGAGGACGUACGCCUUCAGUGAGAACCCCCUCCCCACGGUCGAGAUCGCCAUCAGAAACACGGGUGAUGCGGACCAGUGGUGCCCCCUGCUGGAGACCCUGACAGAUGCAGAGAUGGAGAAGAAGAUCAGAGACCAGGACAGAAACACGAGACGAAUGAGGCGUUUGGCGAAUACGGCCCCUGCGUGGUAGAUGCGGAAGCGGCAGCGCCCCCUGCAGAAACGUUGCUCAUACAGCUGAGGCCGGUUAGAAGAACCCCGUCCCCUUCAUGGUUCCCCCUCUGCCUGGAGAAGCUGCUCUUUUUGACCACUGACUCUCUACCCGACCACAGAGGGACACCAAACACACCCGACUCAGAUAAUAUAUUGUUUUGUUGUAUUUGUUGUCUUUUUGUACAUUUUAAUAAUUCUUACAAAAUAAAAAAAAAUCAGAAAUAAA